AUGGCGGCUCCAACUUCGCCUACUCGGGAGAUGUUAAACUCCGCGAGGGAGUCGGAGUUCUUUGAGUGGUUAAAGAGGGUUAGGAGGAGAAUACACGAGUAUCCGGAGGUGGCUUUUGAAGAGUUCAACACGAGUGAACUCAUAAGAUUGGAACUUGACUCACUUGGGAUUAAAUACCGGUGGCCAGUGGCGACGACCGGGGUCGUGGCUUCGGUCGGGUCAGGGGUGCAGCCGUGGUUCGGUCUAAGGGCCGAUAUGGAUGCUCUUCAAGUUCAGGAAUUGGUUGAGUGGGAGCAUAAGAGCAAGAUCAAAGGUAAAAUGCAUGCUUGUGGCCACGAUGUUCAUGUCACAAUGCUACUUGGAGCAGCUAAAUUACUUCAAACAAGGAGACAUAAAGUAAAGGGCACGGUUAAGCUUGUCUUCCAACCUGCAGAAGAGGGUUAUGGUGGCGCAUACCAUAUGCUAAAAGACGGUGGUCUUGAUAAGAUUCAGGCCAUUCUUGGCUUGCAUAUUGCACCGGAAAUGCCCACAGGAGAAAUCGGUUCGAGGCCAGGUUCCAUGCUUGCUUCUUCUGGGAGAUUUGUGGCCAUAAUUAAAGGAAAAGGUGGGCAUGCGGCAUGGCCUCUUGAUACUAGGGAUCCCAUUGUUGCUGCAUCUUUUGCCAUCCUUGGACUCCAACAACUAAUUUCUCGAGAGACUGAUCCUCUUACAGCCAGGGUAAUCACGGUAGGGUUCAUUGAGGCGAGCCAAGCAGCAAAUGUAAUCCCAGAGACCGUGAGAUUUGGCGGCACUUUUCGGUGCACCACCACAGAAGGUUCUUUUUACCUUAAACAAAGAAUCAAAGAGGUCAUUGAAACUCAAGCAGUAGUUCAUAGGUGCAGUGCUUCAAUAGAUUUCAUGGAGGAAAAAAUGAGGCCAUAUCCAUCACUUGUAAACGACGAAGAAAUGUAUGAACAUGGAAAGAGGGUGGGGGAGUCUUUGCUUGGAGAAGCAAAUGUGAAUGUAAUUCCAAGGUCAAUGGGAGCAGAAGAUUUCAGCUUCUAUGCGGAGAAGAUGGCAGCUGCACUUUUCAUGAUCGGAACAAAGAAUGAAACGAAUAAAAUGCGUAACCAUUUGCACUCACCCUACCUGUUUGUUGAUGAAGAUGUUCUUCCCAUUGGAGCAGCUCUUCAUGCUGCUGUAGCCAUCUCUUACUUGGAUAGUGGGGUGGUGGUGGAAGAAUUGUUGGUGAGAAGGCCAAGAAUUGAAUGGUUGUUGGUUUGAAGAAGAGUUGUGAUGCUGAGAUGGCUCCAUGUUUAAGGAUCGUUGUUGUUGAAGACUUCUUGUAAAUCAGUGGAGAAAUGGUUAAUAAAUUUAGAGAAGCAACGAGUGAUUAUUAUUCUGGUUUUGAUGAAGAAAAGAUGAAACAAAAAGAAGAGAGAUGACAAAUGACAGUGAGAAUGAGAAUAACGAGCACAAUAGUAC